UGUAAUAUGGCGGCUUGCAUGUGCGAUUUAACGUGAUUUAAAAGAGAUUGAAAUUAUAUAAAUUAAUGACUCCAAUAAUCUAAUAACUUACACAUUGUUAAAUAGUUGAUGUAAAUAAAGAUAUUUAAGAAUGGCGGCAUGUGGAAAAUAUAAUUUUUGCUUGUUUGCGAAACAUAAAAUUGCUCUGUUUUCUAUCAUAAAUCGAUCGUUGAGAAGAAUUCCAGUUCCAGACUUUGAUCUCUCAUUAGAAGAAAAGUUAAAAGAAAUGAAUGCAAAGGAUCCUAUAUUACAUGCAAAAGUAGAUAUUGGAUUUUCUGUUCCUAAACCUUCACAAUUAGAGACUGCAAAACAGAAAAAACUAAUGAAGAAACAUAUGAUGGAUAGAGAACAGUUAGCUGCAUCUGCACGAACUAGAACAUUGAAAAUAUCUCUUGAUGAAGUAAGAGAAGAAUGGAAAAAGAGUGUAGGACCCAGUCAAAUUAAGAAACUGGCUGAACAUUAUGGAAUCUAUAAUGAUUUAUUUGAAUAUGGCUAUUUUAUUCCACAUGUCGUAAUGAAUAUAGCAUUUGAAUAUGAUGAUGAUCUUCAAACUCCUGUAUAUUAUGGUAAUAUAAUUAAUCCAUCAGAGGCAUCAAAAGCUCCUUCAGUAGUAUUUGAAUCAACUCCAAAUGAUUUGUGGACUCUUGUAUUGACAAAUCUUGAUGGUCAUUUAACUGACAGUAAUUCAGAAUAUUUACAUUGGUUUAUAGGAAAUAUUAAAGGUAAUAACAUUUUGUCUGGUGAAGUAAUAUGUGAUUAUCUUCAGCCAUUUCCUCCACGAGGAACUGGAUAUCAUCGGUUAGUAUUUAUUCUUUAUAAACAAGAAGCCAUUGUUGAUUACUCUAAAUUGAAGAAAAAAUUGCCAUGGUAUACUCAGAUAAUUUAUCGAUAUUUAGACCGUUAUCGUGAUCCAAAAGACAUUAGGAAAGAAGUUAUUUUGAAGAGACUUAAAGGGUUAAUGCCAUUUGAAGAAGAACCACCACCACCCAAGUAUCCCAAUAUCUAUAAAAAUCCACCAAACACACCUUCUUGGAUGCGUUCAGAGAUUUGGAAAGAAAGAAAUCGUUUAGGAAAAUAUAGAGAUUUAAGACCUUAUACUUCAUAUCCAGAAGUGAUAGAAACAUUCUAUAAAAAAAGAGAUGGCUGUAGCUAAAGUAAAUGUCAAUGAAAAUGUUUUUAUAAUAAAAUUUAGAAUAAAGUUA